AUACGGACAUGUGGAGUCCACGAUCGCGAGACUUGUCACCUGGAGCACCUGCUGACGAUGCAACGUUGCUUGCUGUGUCUCGCCUCAAGGUUGCAUAUGCUUCACACCCGGAAUAUUGUACUCCGCAUCAAAUGGCAUUCGAGCGUCACCUAAGAUCGCAAUACGAAGACUGAAGAGACACCACUAUACCAUUGCCUGUGUGGUGUCGGCCCGACAACAUUGUACCGCCUUACGGUCAGGGCGCCCAUGAGAGACCCAUGGAGGUCGGUGCUAUGGAAUAGAUAUAUAAGAGCAGAUUGAUCCCCUCGAGAUAGGCAUCAUCACAUCGACAACUGCCAACUGCCCAACAAACAAGACUCCAGUCAAUCAACAUCUCUCCCAACGAAGAAGAACUUCUACUACGUUUAAAACCACCAACUCAUUCCGAAGAUGCAAUACUCAACGAUCCUCGCCAUCCUGGCUACAGCCACCAGCUCUCUCGCAGCGCCUCUCGCUUCGGCCCAACCAACUUGGACUAUCCAAGAUUUCCAGCGCACAUGCGCCACAGAUGGCACUUCAUGCAACUACAGCUACGCCAUCAACACCAACGACGGAUCCGCGGCGACGAAGUGCACAUACACCGUCACCGGCACCAGCGCGGACCCAGCAGCACGCAAGGCUUACCAGGACGUCUCCUGCGGCAACUACAGAAUCGGCAGCACCUGGUCGGGACAAUUUGGAGCGGAUCACGGAUUCCAGACUCUGAGCGUUGUCAAUGGCGCCAAGAUCGUAUAUCCUGCAUACACUGAUGCUCAGUUGGCCAGUGGAGGAGUCGUCAAGCCGGACCAGAGCUACGAGGCCCAGCCUUGGCCUUAGACGACUGUUGUGGGAAGAGGAAAUCAAGAAUGCAGGAGUUUGCGAAUGGGUUUUCGCAUGAUAGUAUGAUGGAUGGAUAAACGAUAUAAUGUAGUUCAGUCCUUAAUGAUAUAACGUGAUGUCCA